GUUCCUUUAGUUAGUCAUCACAAAAGAGAAUUCGUCUUUUUAAAUUUUCUCUCUCACUGAAGCUUCAUCUCUUUUUUUCUGUAUCUUCAUGUGUGCCCUUCCCUGUGAUGGUUUAGUUUUAGAUUGUAAUUAAAUUGUAAUCAUCAAUUAAUCAUGAAUCAGAGUGAGCAAUCCAUUACAUCGGCUAGGGCGUCUGUUAUGAUUUACGAUGAAAUGAACAAAAAAUGGAUACCAUCGGGAACUUGCUCGGGUGUCUCUAGAGUCCAUAUUUAUCAAAAUGUAAUAAACAACACGUUCAGAGUUGUUGGAAGAAAACUUCAAGAUCAUGAGGUCGUCAUUAAUUGUGCCAUUGUUAAAGGAUUAAAAUAUGUCACUGCGACACCAACAUUCCAUCAAUGGAGGGAUAGUAGACAAGUGUAUGGUUUAAAUUUUAGUAAUAAAGAUGAUGCACAAGGUUUUGCGGAAACAAUGAUCCAAGUAUUGGAUGUUCUUAGUUCAACCAAUUCAAUGAAUAACUCAAUAAUACCAAAUAAGAAUUCAAUCAUGGCUAAUCAUCAACAACAUCCUCAACAGCAACAACAACAAUCCCAACCUCAACAGCCUAUGGCCCAACAACAACAACAACAACAGCCACCACAGAUUCCGCAGAUACCCCAACUUCCACAACAACCAAUGUUACCCAUGCAACCACAACCUCCUCAACCACCACCUCAACAGCAACAACAACAGCAACUCCAACAACAACAUCAACAAUUACAACAGUUACAACAACAGCAACAACAAGCACAGUUGCAACAAUUACAACAACAGCCUGUUUAUGGACAUUGUGGUGGACCUGGUCCUGGACCAGGAGGUGGUGGAGGAGGAAUGAUUGGUCAGCCUCCCUCUGCAUCGGAGUAUAUGCGCAUAGACUUUCAACUCCGUCCGAUGGUUCAACCUCCAUCGACAAACUCAGUACCCCCACCACCGCCACCGCCACCACCACCACCUCCACCUCCUGGUAGCCUAAUCUCAGCGGCUCCUGCACCACCACCACUUCCAGUGUCAGGAAAUCAGACACCAAAUGAAAAGUCUAAUAAUAAUAAUAUAUCUAAUAAUUGUAUUAACAAUAAUAAUAGUAAUGCUGGUCCAUUAAAUUUAGCAUCAGCUUUGUCAAAUGUUAAACUUAAACGUACCGGUCGAGAUGAAAAAGAUGCUGAUUCAAUAAGUACCAAAAGCUCAUCAGGUUCAAUGGGUGUUGGUGGUAUUGCCAGUAUGAUGGAUGAAAUGGCAAAAACUUUAGCACGUAGAAGAGCUCAAGCAGAGGGUAUUCAAAAUCAAAAUGAUUGCGAUUCAACUACUCCGGUUGGUGAAAAACGUAAUUGGGAUAAAAAAGUAACUACUAACGGAAAUAGUCCCAAUAAGGAUUCCAAUGAAUCAAGUCUACAAAGAUUAAGGGCUGGUUCCUUAGACAGUGGUAACAUAAACGGUAUUGACCAAAUAAAAAUAGAACAAUUGAAACAAGAAAUUCUGAAUGAAAUAAGGCGGGAGAUCACCAAAUUGAAAUCUGAAAUAAUUGAUGCCAUACGAUUAGAGUUAAGGACAUAAACAUCAUGCAAAUCCACCCUUUUACUUUUUAUCUUCAUCAAUUGCCACAACUUUACACCUUUUCCUUAACACUUCUCUCUCUCUCUCUGUCUCUCUCUCCUUACAAAACAACCAACUAGAAAAGUCCAUGUAUACACCCACACACACAGAGUGACAAAAACAAAAAAUCACUUAUCAAGUCAACUAACUACAUACACAGAAACCAAUCACCAAAUACAAAAAAAAAUAGAUUAUUGCCUUUGAUGAAUUUGUUUUUCUAUUCUAUUCCUAUCAUGGCAAUGGAGAUUGAUCGACUCAACGGAAUCUCGUUUGGUGACUGAAACCCCGAUUAACCAGAUAAAUCAUUUUUUUCUCUCUUAUUUUAUUUUACAUCAACUUAAUUUUACAACAUUGAUCUUCUUAUGUGUGUAAUCGGACCAUUCCAAAGCAAAGGCAAAAAAAGCAAAGUUUGUCCACCACCAGAAUAGGAGCAACACAUUAUCUGCGUCAAUAGCAUCCUCAUCCUUUUUUCUCCUCAUCUUCAUCUUCAUCAACUUCAUCAUCAUCAUCACCAUCAUCAUCGCCAUCUUCAUCAACAAUAAUAAUCACUCUGAUUGUCACAACAACAAAAUCUACUACUAUUGAAAGGAGCAGAGAGGAGGGAGAGAAAGAGAGUAAGAAGGCUCAAACUCUUUAAUCAACUCAACCACACUCACUAAAAAACAAACUGAAUCAGACAGUUUUUUUCACCAUUUUCAUUGAUUCCCAGUCAUUUUUAAUUUCAAAGGGAACCUUUGAUUUAUCACCUUCCUGUUUGAAUGCUAUCUCAUUUUCCCCGUCAAUAUACUUAUAGAUUUAUGAAUAUAUUUCUCUUCCUCUCUCCUUUCUCCUCUUGUCUCUCUUUCUCUCAUCUUCCUUUUCCUCCUUCUUUUUCUGAUAUUGGAACUAAUAUAAAUUCACUCAAUUGUAACUGUUCCGAUGGCUCACAAUUUUAGAGGAGUUUAAAACAAGUCAAAUUACUACAAAUUAUUAUUAAUAAUUUCAUGAGAUACCAGAAAACGAGAAAACGAGAGCUAGAGAGAGAUAGAGAGAUAGACCAGAGGAAACAGAGAAAAAAGAAAAUCAAACUGAGAAUUUUGAUCUUCUCCUUUGCUAAAAUUACUUUUGAGAAACAAAAGAUCGCCAGCAAACGAAUUAAUACUUAUUUCGAGUAAUCACUUUAGGCUGUAAGAACUUUUUCUUCGCUCCUCAUCAUCCUCAUCUUCUUCCUAACUCUUUCCCCAUCUCAUCUUCUUCUCUCCAACUUAUUCUUUCUUAAAACAAAAAAAUCAUUUUCUUCUAUUUCUCAUUCUAAAGAAACCAUUUUUUUGCAUCCUUGUACUUUGCAUUACAGUCAACAAACAAAAAAUUAUAAUAAUUAAUAAUAUUAAUUUGUACGCAUCAUCCAUUGUGAAGGAAAUAUUAUAAAUAUAACAAUUUAGCUUCGAUAA